ACAAUAAUUAUACCCACCAUUGUUUGAACCAUAUGAUGUUAUCUUGUUAUCCAAAUUUGAUUUAGUUUAUAUUCAUGUUGCUAGUUUGACAACAAAUUCAAUGUCCCUUCACAGAAAUGAUUGUAUAUCUUGCAAUAAACUGUACUUAACGCGGUUUCGUUGAAUAAUAAACUUAUGGAAAUGCAUAGUUGUUUCUACAGCGUGCUUGUGAUCUAAUUGAAAACACCUCAUAUCAUAAAAUCAUUGAAUGAUUAAAAUAAAAAUUUCGUGUGAACACUGUACUCAAACAUGAGUUAGAUAAGAAAAACAUUCUCAUCCAGAGGCAGAUGCUAUACAGUUCAUGGUUCGAUAUGACUAAACAAAUCUGAAAAUUCAAAAAUUCAUAGUGCAUGUUCUAUAAUUCACUCGAUAAUUCAUGAAAUUUCUUGCUUAACACAUAACCUGUUGAUUCAUUCAGCAAUUACUUCGAGUUGUUGUUUGUCGUGUGUCUAUUGUAUAGUCAAAUUAAAUAAAUGAAAUAUUUCAUUGACCUCUUUUUGUUUGUACACCAUGUAUCUACCUACAUAAUUAACGAAACCAGUUGACAUGAGUUGACGAAAUGGAAACCAGUAUGCCCAUGUAGCAUUAGGCCAUAACCCCACAAACAAACGGUCCGCCCCUGUUCUAAUCUGCUUCAAAAUGAAAUAGGUAGGAACAUUCUUCAAUUUAUUAUCUAAAAACGUGAAGGAUUUCUAUUUUUAUAAAUAGUGUGUAUUGAGUGGCAAUCUGAUGGUGAUUGUAAACGCAACUUGGUGUAAAAAUGGUCUUUCUGAAAUUUCGAGGCUUGUGUGCACCGGUGUUCACCGCUUUUCGUAAUGACAUGUCCAUUGAUGUGAAUAUCAUUCCAAGAUAUGCACAGUUUUUAGCAGAUAACGGCGUUGGUGGAGUACUGGUUCACGGUAGUUCCGGAGAAAGCAUGUCGAUGAACGUCCAAGAAAGAAAAUCAGCCCUGGAGGAAUGGUCGAAGGCGGUGAAAACCACAAAGCAACAUCUGAUGGUCCAAGUAGGCGGGUGUCCUUUGCCUGACGUCAUCGAGUUGGCGAAACACGCCGAAUCCAUAGGCGUAGAUUCGUUGCUAUGUCUUCCUGAGCUCUAUUUCAGGCCGACGGCUACCAGACAGCUGAUUAAUUAUUUGAGGAUUGUUGGCGAGGCUGCCCCUAAGACCCCACUACUUUAUUAUCACAUACCUGCAUGGAGCGGAGUGAACUUGAAUAUGGCAACGUUGAUGAAAGAAGCCGCCACAGAACUGCCAACUUUCCAAGGUAUCAAAUACUCUACUGUAGAUCUGGAAGGUGGGAUAGCUGCUUUGGAAGCAAAUAAAGGGAAAUACGCUGUCUUUCUUGGAACAAAUAAGAUGAUGGCAGCUGCCUGUGCCAUGGGGAUCGACUCCUUCAUUGCCACAACAUUGAACUUUCUGCCUCAAUCUGCAUCCAGUAUCAUGAAGGCAGUGCAAGAGUCCAGGAUUGAAGAAGCUAGAAGCAUUCAAGAACAACUGACUUCCGCUUGCUCUAUCAUAACCAAAAAUGGUCAUUGGGUACCGACUAUGAAAACUGCCAUGAACCUCGUGACUCCCAUCAACGUUGGGAAAUCAAGACCACCCCUGGACAAUUUGACAGAGACACAAGAAAAAGAGAUGAGAGAUUCAUUGAAGACGAUAUCUGUCGUGUAGAUCAUCAUAAUCAAUCCUCAAAUAUAUGCCUAUGAAAUAAUUUCUUUAA